AGUCAUCCCACAUGCAAGUGGUGUGGACACUUGAGGGGCAGGGUGUGACGUACCCUGUCAUACAGCAAGUGCGGUAUCACCAGGGCUGCCUCAGCAAAUGCCACACAAGGUAGAGUCCACGGAAUGUGGGAGGAAUGCCUGGAGCACUCAGCGCGUUUUGAUGAUCGCAAGUCCUUCCUGGAAUGCUGUCCUUGGGCCAGAUGAGGAGGGCUAGGCACUGCUGCUCAGUUCCCUUCUCAGAGACGAUGACUACAGACACAGAAGAGCCACCUGCUUCUAAAGCAGGGGAUCCUCAAGGCCAUGCUCACCUCCAUUGCAUGCCUUUCAGGAGGAAGUGCCAGUGGGAAAUGUUGCCUUCAGUGCAGGCGACCUGGAUGGCCUAUGACAUGGUGGUGAUGCGCACCAACCCCACGCUGGCAGAGUCCAUGCGCCGGCUGGAAGACGCCUUCCUCAGCUGCAAGGAGGAGAUGGAGAAGAACUGGCAAGAGAUGCUCAAUGAGACCAAGCCCAAGCAGUAGACCCUCCCGGCCCCACAGCCGCCAUCCAUCUGCCUGGUGGAGAGCCGGCGUCCCAGAUGUGCGGUUGUAUCAGAGUGUUAUUUCCCAAUAAACCUAUUUUCAAG